UGACACAGUUGUUUGGCAAAAAAAAAAAACAAUACAGUUGAAACUGAGUCAGCUCUGGGGCAUUCCAAAAAUAUUAAACGUUUGCGUUCACGCGCUUCAUAGCAGGAAAAGUAGAUGUGACUGUCAACUGAACUUACUCUUUUGUAACAAAUGAAAAGAAGCUACGUGUUAAGAUAUUCUGCAACCUACCCACCAAAUGGCAUGAAGAACAAAAUUUAUGCCAUCUCCCGAGGUACGGCCACGUGUGUCCGCCUUUUACGGAAUUUCUGACACAUCCUCAUUUUUCAUUGGCAACACGCCAAAACUAGCAACUUUUUUUUCCUCUAGGGCCCAUUGGGUUUCAACCAAUCAAGGCUCGUCAUUAUUUCAAGUGUCGCCUAGGACACGUGGCGUCUUGUGCACUGGCCAGGAUUGCUGCCGCUAUGAUUAUCGCUUCAGCUCCGGUAAAGCCCCUUAGUAGAAAAAAAUAUACAAAACUAGAACACCGAGAAAAUAAAACCCAAAGAAAAUUUAAGACAAAAACGAAGAGAGAGCUAUUGUUGGGGUUUUCGUUAUUUUGAAGGAUAAAUGGAAGGGGAAGAUCCUUGGAGCAUGCUAAAAUGCGCUGGUGGGGUACAAAAUAAGACGAUAACCAACAGGACAAUGCUCAGAUUCCGGCCGAUUGCUCCCAAACCGGUGACCGGAGACUCAGUUUCCAGGGACUCUAUGUUUAGUAACAAAAACUUGGUUGUUGCUAGCAAGAGAGCAAAAAGAAAAUACGUUAGGGUUUGUAAGAAAAAUAAUAUGAAGCGACGAAUCUUGGAUGAAUCUAAAGAAAAUAAAGAUGGGGAGAAGAGUUUUGUUACUCUACAGUUGAUACCAGAGGAAGCUGAUCUAGAGAAAUCGAUGGUUGGUGAAGGGUCAUUAGGUGUUGUUGAUGAUCUCAAUCCAACGGUAGGUAAUAAUUAUUAUUUUCAGGAACAGGAAUCACCAUCGAUGUGCUUGAAGUUGAAGAAAGUGGUUGCAGAUGACGUGGCGAUGAUGGGGUUGUCGGAUCAGACGGCGUUGGUAACAUCCCCCAGGAAGAGGACGACGGUGAUGGAAUCGUGGGUGAAGGUGGAGAGCGUGACGGACACUUGCAUGGACGAAGGAGAGAUGAGGAACUGUACAGACUUUGAGAAAAUGAAGAAUCUUGAGAAGGACACGUGUCCUGGGUUUGUAUCAGAUACGUUGAACCGGGUUUUCUGGGUGAACCAAGCCUUUAAAAACAUGGUGGGCGUGGACGCUGAAGGGGUUGAAACCGCCAUAGGCUUGGUGGUAAAAGACGGGUUCAUGUUCCCACAUGGUGCAUUUUCAUGCCGCGUAGGGUUACAGUACGGCGAUGGAAAGGAUAAGAGCAGGAAACACUCAACAAUGGUUCCUUGCGAUGUGUGGAAGAUGAGCUGCGGUGGAUUUGCGUGGAGGCUCGAUGUCAAGGCUGCACUCAGUUUGGGACUCUAAAAUGGAAAAACCAAUGAAAUCAUAAAUUUCCAUGUUUUUGCAGGUAAUUUAAACUUUUUUGUUCUCGUAAUACUUUGUAAAGAAAACAAGAAUGCUAGUACAAAACAAUGGAUGCAUAUACAAAAAAUAAAUAUGUAGGUUUGUUUUGUUUUGUUUGUGUAUAGUUAUAAAUAUUAGAUUAGGAAGAGAUUUAUAAUGUAUUGUGAAAGGAAAAAAUCUAACAAAUUGUGACAACGUGGUAGGUUUUACACUACUAAUUUUAAUGUGGAAUGAAUAUUUCAAAAGCGUGAAAAAUAUGAAAAAUGGAAGAUAAUUAAAUUAAU